CGUGACUUUCCCGACAAGGCUGCCUCAUCCUUUCGCAAACCACGGUUGUCUUCGCCAUCGCCCCAAGCUCUCACGCUUGACAGGAUCCCGCUACGGGCGACAUUGCUGCAUUCUCCUCAAACUUACUACCUUGGUCUGUCUAAUCAAGUCUGCGAUUGUGCGCGCCUCUUUCGACAACGCCCUCGUCGGGCCACACUCGGGGCCAGGCCCCCGUCCCAUCCGCGAAGAUGGCGGUCCAAAAAAUGACCAAGAAUCAGAUGCGGAGGGCAAAGAAGAAGGAAGAGAGAAAGGCAAAGACACAGGCUCCGACCGAGGCCCCAGAGCUGGCGACCGCCGACGGCGCUUCAAACGAGACUCCCAAGGAUGGUGCGCCGGCAGAACCGGCGGCGGGGGGCCUUGAGGUCAGGAAGGACUCCGGCGUGGCCGAUAGGAUCCCCGCUGACGGUCCCGUAGACUUGGACGAGGACGAUCCGGAGCUGGAGACCAUGUAUCACGACAUCCUAUCACGAUUCAGCAUCCAACUUGACGAGGACGGAGUGCCCAAGAACGCGAACAACCGCACAAAGGCCGAGGUCUACUACCAAUACGACUACAUGCCGGACGAGGACGGCGAGGCUGGCGAGACCAGCCUCUCCAAGAAGAAGCGCAAGAAUCUGAACAAGCUCUCCAUCGCAGAGCUCAAGGCGCUCGUCGCGAAUCCCGAGGUCGUCGAGUGGCAGGAUGUGUCCUCUUCUGACCCGCGCCUGCUCGUUCAGAUCAAGGCCCAACGCAACAUCGUACCCGUUCCCAACCACUGGUCGCUGAAGCGGGAGUACCUCUCUAGCAAGCGCGGUAUCGAGAAGCCGCCGUUCAGGCUGCCAAAGUUCAUCGCCGAGACGGGCAUCACCGAGAUGCGCGACGCAGUUCUGGAGAAGCAGGCAGAACAGACGCUCAAGCAGAAGCAGAGGGAGAGGGUGGCGCCUAAAAUGGGAAAGCUGGACAUCGACUACCAGAAGCUUUAUGACGCCUUCUUCCGCUUCCAGGAGAAGCCGCCGCUGACCCGGUUCGGCGAUGUUUACCACGAAGGCAAGGAGUACGAGGCCGAUUAUCGCUACUUCAAGCCGGGUGAGCUGAGCGAUGCCCUUAAGGAGGCUCUUGGCAUGCAGCCCGGCUUCCCCCCGCCGUGGCUCCUCCAGCAACAGCGCAUGGGCCCGCCGCCUUCGUACCCGACGCUCAAGGUUCCUGGUCUGAAUGCGCCCCUGCCGCCGGGCGCGUCGUGGGGAUUUGUGCCAGGCCAGUGGGGCAAGCCGCCAUUGGACGAGUACAACAGGCCCAUCUACGGAGGUGAUAUCUUUGGUAUCAUGGCUGCGAACCCGGGCGCCGCCCAGACGCAACAGCCCGGGGCGCAGCAGCCCUCGGGUGAGCCUGUGGAAAAGUCCCUUUGGGGAGAGCUGCAGCCUCCCCAGGACGAGUCUGAGGAGGAAGAAUCGGACGACGAGGACGAAGAAUCGGAUGACGAUGGCGAUGGUGGUGAUAUCGAGAUGCCCAGUGGACUUGAGACUCCCAGUGGCUACAGCACGGUGCCUGUCGAUGGCCCGAGCGGUGUCGAGAGUAGCAUGGCCGGCGAGUUUGACCUGCGGAAACAGCGGCGCGGGUUCGAGACGGAGGAGUCAUCGGCCGCCCCGCGGUCGGCCUACACAGUCAUUGCAGAGAAACAGACGCAAGCGACGGGCUUUUUCGGUAGCGACAGGGUGUACGACCUGUCCAAGGCGCGUGGCGCAGGCGGGCCGCCUGUGCUGGGCCAGGAUGACGACAGCGGCCGCAAACGGAAGAAGCCCGGCGAUGUGGACGUGGCGCUGGAUCCGGAUGCGCUCCUGAGCCACGACGGCAUCAGCAAGGACGAGCUGAGGCGCAAGUUUGAAGAGGGACGCAAGGAGGAGGGCGUCGGGUCCAAGUGGCAAUAUGACGCUGAUCUUAGCGAGAUGAUUGCUCAGGAAAGCCGCAAGAGACAGAAGCUUCAGGAGGAGAAGAAGGGUGGGGGCGAGAAGAAAAAGGAGGCAAAAUACCGGUUUUAAUUUGGAUAUGGCCAGGCCCGCUCCGUCUUCCAGCUUUUGUAUUUUAUAUUUGUACCUUUUUUUUCGGCGCCUUGUGUUUCUUUUUUAGGGGUCCAGAGCGAUCAAAACCGCCAGUUCAAUUCCUCGGGCUAGGUGCCUCAUCUUUCUGUCCUCUGGCCUCUCUGACCCAACGGUGAUAUGGGCUGUGAUUGGGAUCCUUUGAGCUCAUGAGUUUGCGUAUGUUGUCCAGCCUUGGAUUACAGCCUUGGAUUCCAUCAUUCUCUCACAAAGGGGCUGGCAUGCCCGACCAUCUCGUACUUGGGGCCCUCUGUUCCUUUUCUUGUUUCUAAUUCCUUUGCUCUCUUCUGGCUGCCUUAGUGUGAACCUCGUUUGACCAGGCAGCUAGUGAAGUGACACAUUCUUGGUUGACCGCGGAUUCUGAUCAUAGUCGAGAUACUUCUGUGUCAGCUGUUACAAUACCACGGUGGCUUUCGCCACUGACUGUCCUAGCCAUCACCGAGACAGAUCAUCUGCGGCACACGCUUCUGGUGUUCGGUGCCGGCUUCUAUUACAUGUAUAGGGGCUUCGCACACUCGAGUUCAUGCUCGC